CACGAUGGGCGGAAGUGUGCCCCCCUCGGUCUGCUUCCCUGUUCCGGCAUCUGAGUCAGAGACACAUUGGUUCCGAGUGUAAUGCUUGUACCGCCCGGUAGUGUGCUGGGAUAACGUCCAGUAUUGGUGAAGUCCGAGCAGACUGUGCUAUGGUUGUAUGAUGUGUGGCCCAAGUUUCGGGAGUCUCAGUGCCAGAAGGAUUAUUCUAUAGUGUGCUGGACGUCGCCUGCACCUCUCGUUUAUUGUCUUUGCGGCAUCUCAGGCAUCAGAAAAUGAAUGAGACUUUUGGUCUUCAGUAUGUCAGCCCGCAUGCAUUUGAAGCAAUGCAGAAGGUGGAUGUAGUGCGCUUGGCUGCCUUGACAGAUCCAGAGCUAAGGCUUUUGCUUCCAUGUCUGGUUCGCAUGGCCUUAUGUGCCCCAGCAGACCAAAGUCAGAGCUGGGCUCAAGACAAGAAAUGUCUUCUACGGCUUCUAUCUGGGGUGGAGGCUGUGAAUGCCAUUGUAGCCCUCCUGUCUGUGGAUUUUCAUGCUUUGGAGCAGGAUGCCAACAAAGAGCAGCAACUAAGACACAAGCUUGGGGGAAGUACUGGAGAAAGUAUUUUGGUGUCUCAGCUCCAACAUGGCCUUACACUGGAGUUUGAGCACAGUGACUCUCCUCGCCGGUUGCGUCUAGUGCUUAGUGAGUUGUUGGCAAUAAUAAAUAAGGUAGCAGAUUCCAAUGGUGAAUAUUUCUUUAAAUCAUCUGAACUGUUUGAAAGUCCUGUGCACAUGGAGGAAGCAGCAGAUGUUAUCUGUAUUUUACAGGCAGAAUUGCACAAUCUGUUGCCAAUUACUGAAAUGGCUGAAGCUUUACUGCAUGUUCGCAAUGGUGCCUGGUUCUUGUGUCUGCUGGUGGCUAAUGUUCCUGACAGUUUUAAUGAAGUUUGCAGGAGUUUGAUAAAGAAUGGAGAGCGCCAGGAUGAGGAGAGCACUGGAGGGAGACGAAGAACUGAAGCUCUGCGUCAGCUGUGCAAAAUGAAUCCAUCACAAGCCCUCAAAGUGCGAGGCAUGGUGGUAGAAGAAUGUCACCUUCCAGGACUUGGUGUCGCUUUGACAUUGGACCACACCAAAAACGAGGCAGGUGAUGAUGGUGUAAGCAACAUGGUAUGUUUUGUGAGCGGACUUCUACUUGGAACCAAUGCAAAAGUUCGUACUUGGUUUGGAACGUUUAUUCGCAAUGGUCAACUGAGAAGAAGAGAAAAUAGCAGCUCGGUGCUUUGGCAAAUGAGAAAACAGCUGCUCUCUGAGUUGAAAAGCAUUCUCCCAGCUGAGAAUAAACCACAGAUGCCACAAGAGGGAGAUCCUGAGCGUGCAGCUUCUCUAUACUGUGGACUCAAAGAGGAGCAUGUGGUGAAAGCCAGUUCCCUGCUUCGACUGUACUGUGCAUUGAUGGGAAUUGCUGGCCUUAAGCCAACAGAUGAAGAGUCUGAACAAGUACUUCAGCUGAUGACUAGUCGGCCACCUGCAACUCCUGGUGGGGUUCGCUUUGUCUCCCUUUCUUUCUGUAUGUUGCUGGCAUUUUCCACGUUGGUCAGCACCCCAGAACAGGAGCAAUUGAUGCUGAUGUGGCUAAGCUGGAUGAUUAAAGAGGAGGCUUAUUUUGAAAGCACUGCUGGUGUAUCGGCCUCAUUUGGUGAAAUGCUGUUGUUGGUUGCCAUGUAUUUCCAUAGCAACCAGUUAAGUGCCAUCAUUGAUUUGGUUUGCUCUACUUUGGGAAUGAAGAUUGUCAUCAAACCUAACUCGCUUAGUAGAAUGAAGACCAUUUUCACCCAGGAGAUAUUUACAGAGCAGGUUGUCACAGCACAUGCGGUUCGUGUCCCUGUUACAAGCAAUUUGAGUGCAAACAUUACUGGCUUUCUACCAAUUCACUGUAUUUAUCAGCUGCUGAGAAGUCGUGCUUUUACUAAGCACAAGGUGUCAAUAAAGGACUGGAUAUAUACCCAGCUUUGUGAAACAACCCUUCCACUGCAUCAGCAACUGCUCCCCCUGAUUGAUGUGUACAUCAAUUCUGUCAUCACCCCAGCAUCAAAGUCAAGUCCAGAGGCCACUAACAAGCCAAUCACUGAGCAAGAAAUCCUGAAAGUUUUCCAGGGUCACCCAGGGGAGAGUCUACGCUUAAACCAGAGACACAGAAUAACUACUCAACUAUUGUUGCUUUAUUACCUUCUUUCUUAUGAGGAAGCUCUUUUAGCUAAUUCAAAGACAUUAGCGGCAAUGCAGAAAAAGCCAAAGUCUUACUCUUCAUCAUUGAUGGACCAAAUUCCUAUAAAAUAUCUUAUUCGACAAGCACAGGGUCUACAACAGGAACUUGGAGGUUUACACUCAGCCUUGCUACGUCUGCUUGCUACAAACUACCCACAUCUCUGCAUUGUGGAUGACUGGAUCUGUGAGGAAGAAAUCACAGGGACAGACGCGCUUUUGAGAAGGAUGUUAUUAACAAACUCUGCCAAAAGUCAUUCUCCAAAACAGCUACAGGAGGCAUUUUCAAUACUGCAAAGCAACCACACACUGCUGAUGCAAAUCUUGGAACAUUUGACUUUGCUUAGUGCUAGUGACCUAAUCCCGUAUGCAGAAGUGCUCACUGCCAACAUUAGCCAGCUACUGAAUGUUGGUGUACCACGCAGGAUCCUGCAGACCAUUAACAAGCUGUGGAUGACCUUGAACACUGUUAUGCCCAGAAGGUUGUGGGUGAUGACGGUAAAUGCUUUACAACCUUCAUUAAAGUUGACUCGUCGGCACAAAUACACACAGAAUGACCUUAUGAUUGACCCUCUGAUUGUUCUACGAUGUGAUCCUCGAAUUUUGAGGUGUCCACCAUUAAUGGAUAUCAUAUUACACAUGCUAAAUGGUUACCUUUUAGCUUCCAAAGCUUAUCUUAACUCUUACCUCAAAGAGACUGCAGAUCAGGAUAUUAAACCUGCUCCCAGUAAUGCCAUGACUCUGGCAGGACAGGCAGAAACAAUGGAAGUUACCAGAGAAGAACUGAAGAAUGCACUGCUUUCAGCCCAGGAUAGCGCAGCAGUGCAGCUCCUGCUGGAGGUUUGUCUUCCAGCAGAGGAAGAGAAGAACACAGGAGGAGACGAGAGCCUACUUUCUAAUCUCAGAGAGGCGCAAUGCCUGAUUUGCUGUCUGCUCCAUCAGAUGUUUAUAGCGGACCCAAAUAUCGCUAAACUAGUCCAUUUCCAGGGCUACCCCUGUCAGCUGCUACCCCUGACUGUUGCAGGCAUACCAUCAAUGCACAUAUGUCUGGAUUUUAUACCUGAGCUCAUAGCUCAGCCAGAAUUGGAGAAACAGAUCUUUGCAAUACAGCUUCUUUCACACCUAUGCAGCCAGUAUGCUUUACCAAAAUCUCUUAGCAUGGCACGUCUAGCCAUUAAUGUCAUGGGGACCUUGCUCACAGUACUAACUCAAGCUAAGCGUUAUAUAUUUUUCAUGCCAACCUUGCCCUGCUUAGUAUCCUUCUGCCAAGCAUUUCCACCACUGUAUGAAGACACCAUGUCACUGCUAAUACAAGUAGGACAAGUCUGUGCAUCAAAUGUGGCCACCCAAACAAGAGAUGUUGAUCCAAUUAUUGCACGUCUGCAGCAACUUAAAGAAAAACCAAAAGAGUUACCAAGCACGUUUUGCCUUUCCACGCUGUCUGUGUCUACCAAGGAGGCAGAGAGUGUAGAUCCAGAUGUACAGCUCUGUCAGCGAGUUGAAAGUACCAUUAUUGAAAUAAUUUAUAUGAGUGUCACAGGAGUGUGAAUACUAUUCUAUAAAUUUCUGCUCUUUACCACAACAGCGACACAUUUGAAUUUGAAAGGGAAUAUGUGUCACAGCUGACCUUGACCUGGAUGAUGACUCAAAGAUGUUUUGUAAACCUAUGUACUUCUUGAAUAAGUAGAUAUGCAGCACUGUGCCUAUAUGAAGGAAUUUGCUAAAGGUAAAAUUACAGGAAAAUUCACAGAGAAAUAUGGAGGCAUAUAUUGCUGAUCUCCUGAAAAUGCAAGUUGGAUGUCUGUCUUCGAAUACAGUACCUUGAGACAGUGGCCAGAAACAAGAAUGCAGAUCAGGAAAGUCAGAAGUCCUAGACCACGUGCUAUUUUUUGUUUUUUUUUGUUUUGUGUGUUUUCGAAUUUUUAAGAUCUCAUACCUGGAAGAAAAUGGUAGUGACACUGUUUGAUGCAUUAAAAAUUAUUUAUGUGAGAAAAAUGGCCACUCCCUGCUCCUCCACAGCUCAGGGCACCACUGAGCAUGGAGGACCAGAGAGGAUAGCUGCUGAUUGACAGUGAGCAGCUCUCCACUCAGGGGAUCUGUGAGAACCGAGCCAUCAGUGAUGUUUGAUGGCUUGGUUCUUUAUGUAGAAGCGGCGGGGACAGAUGCAGCAUCGGACCAAUGCUGCAGCCACCUAGGUAAGUAUAAAUGGGCCAAAAAAAAAACAUACUUCUUUCAAGGCUGUGAAAUUACCAUUGUUUAGGAAAACUUUAAAACAAAGUGGGUGUGACAUAAGCAUAAUAAUGGCAAAGCAAAUCUGGUUAAGAAAGGCAAUUUCUGCAUAUUUUGUACUACUGCUAUACUUCACAGUUGAACAUUUUGUGCUAUAUUGUAUAAUUUUUUUUAUAUAGUAUGGCAUUUGGUAAGCAGAGGAAAUUUCCAUGUUUUCAGCCUUUUGCCAGGUUUAGUUCAAGUCUAAUUUUAAAAUUCUCAGCUAAUGAAAUCAUAUGAAUUAUAUCAAUGUUGUACUUUUUGAAGGUCCUGGUUUAUACCCACAUUCUAUAGAUAACAGUUGUCAUUAUAAAUUAGAAAAUAGUAUGAUUUAUACUACCUAAACUAUCUAAACACCAAAAACUGUAAUUGCUAUUUAAUUCAUUUUUAAUAAGCACUCAAACUCACCCAUCCAUCCAUGCCUCUGUGCUUUAUUUUGUUGAGAAA